AUGGCACGAAAACCUGAUAUCGAUCUGAGGGUGUGGGAUGAAGCUAGUGAAGAAGCCACAGCAGCCCUUCCUCAGAAAGAGAUUAACCGAGUGUACAAAUGCAUUUAUGCAACUAUUUAUGGACAUGCUGUUGGUGAUGCAUUAGGUCUUCUUACUGAAUCACUUACCAAAGAAGAUGCUAAAAAGAAUUAUGGCUGUGUAUCAGAUGAAUUAGAAUUGGUGUGCAAACGAAUGGUAGUGGACCGGCAUCGUGAACAAUGGGAAGUUGGUGACUGGACAGAUGAUACAGACAUGCUUAUUGUUCUCAUUAAAUGUUUGGUGGAAAAUAUGGGUCAGAUUCCUUCUGUUAAUUUUGCUAAGAUGAUGAUGGAAUGGUCAGAAUCUGGGUUCCCUGAAUUAGGAGACAAAGUGGCAAAAGGUCUUUGUCCUCAUUUCAAGUCUGUGAUCAAUCACCCGCAAUUUUCAGAACAACCAGAAAAAGCAGCAGAAAUAGUGUGGCGAAUGAAAGGCAAUUAUGUAGCCAGUAAUGCAAUUUUAGCAUUUUCUCCUAUUCUUGGAAUUCAUUAUUACAAUAUUCUUGGAAAAGUUAUCAAGAACACGUUACUUGUAUGUGAUAUUUUAAUACCAGAUUCAAGGUGUCAAGCAGGAGGUGUUGCUCUGUCGGUAACAUUAGCCAUGUUGAUUCAGCGAGAUCCAAAACAUCUGAAAAAGUCUGGAGAAUAUAAUAUUAAUGCCAUCAUCUCUGAUGUUUUCGAUUAUGCAUCAAAAUUACUCUCCCUUGAUGCAGAGGUUCGUGAGUUGCAAUCUUACAUGUACAACUCAUCUUUGAAACAACUACAAUUAAAUGAACCUGGCAAAACUCGGUAUAUUUUUAAAACAGUUGGUGUUGCCAUGUGGGCACUGAAGCAGAAAGACUUCCGUAAAGCACUACAAGAGAUAGUAAUGGAAGGAGGAGAUGCUGAUGCUAAUGCUGCUGCAGCUGGAGCUGUUCUUGGAUGUAAAAUGGGCCUUGAUGCCAUUCCUAAAUCAUGGAUUGACAGUCUGCUGCACAGAACAUGGCUUGAUUCAAUUUUAGAUGAUUAUUCUGACCAAGUCCAGGUCUGUUGUGUACUUGCAUGUUUUAGAAGGCGGUGGUCCCAGAGUUAAGUAUGAGAGUGUAGUUUGACAACACUGAAGCACUUGAAAAUUGACUGUGACCUACUAUUUAUUUUACUGAACUCUAUCUUUGACAGACUGCUGAGCUCAUAUGAGAUUAAAUAUAUUGCUAGCAUUGCUUCAUUUUUCAUCAUAAGAAAUUGAAGAAUGGCUGCAAAUUUUAAUACAAGUAACUUAAUAUUUUCCUACAUAAAGAAAAAUGAAUAUGUUUUGAAAUUUUUUUAUUUUAGAAAAAAAGAUUAGAGUAAUAAUGAUAAUUGAAUUGUUUUGUAAAAGAAUAAAAAAAUAGCCAAGUGAAAAUUAUUUUGUAUUCAAAAAAAUUUAAUUUGGUAGAAAACUGUA